GAGAGAGCUACACAGACUCGUUUUUUUUUUACAGACACACACGCGCAUACAUACACACACACACCGGCCGAGACAAAAGCGGAUUCCAGAGUACGCAUGUGAGGGGUGUUUUUAGACGCACGCGCUGCUUCCCCACACUGGUGGAAACCUAAAGGCUGUACAUGGCGGUGGAGAGUUCAGUCUGGCUGCCCUGUCUGCUUCUUUCUCUGUUUUGGGGCUCAUCAAAGCAAGAAAAGCCUGUUUCAGUGGAGCUGAGCUGUGGUGCUGGGCCUAGCCAUGUAGUUUUGGAGCCCGGUUUGCCCCUUUUGCUGGACUGCAACCUGGGGACCAGCGACACACCCUUCAAUGUUACCUGGUUCAAGGAUGGCCAGUCGCUGCCACUGGAGGAGAUCAAUUACCUGCAGUAUUUGUCCAAUGGAUCCCUCCUCCUGCUACCCACCUCUUCAGACCAGAAAUUGGAGGGGAGUUAUAGCUGUGUGAGCGCCAGCACCCACGGAGCACUGACCAGCMGGACUGUGAACUUGCAGCUAGCAAGUCUGUCUCAGUUCUAUCAGGAGCCAUCAUCACAUGCGGUGCCCUCUGGGGGAUCUGCUCGUUUUGAGUGCCAAAUUGAAGGAGUACCYACUCCUGUUAUAACCUGGGAAAAAGACAAAGUGGCCAUUCCUGAUGAGACAAGGUUCAUUUCCCUUCCCAAUGGGGUGCUUCAGAUUCUGGAGGUGGCCAAAGAAGACGAGGGUGUCUACCGCUGUGUUGCAUCCAAUUCUGCCAGGAAGGACAUCAGUGAUGAAGCCAGGCUCAUUGUCACAACAGUCUCUAGCGAUGCCACGAGCCCAGUAGUUAUCAUUGCACCACCUCAGAAUGCUACAGUCAUGCUUGGCCACCCUGCUGUGAUGGAGUGUAUGGCACAAGGUCAACCAAAACCACUGGUGUCCUGGAGCAGACAAGACGGCAAGCCCAUUUCCACUGAUGUGGUCGUCCUCGCUACAAACCUGGUGAUCAGGGACACAAGGCGUCACCAUGCUGGCGUCUAUGUCUGCCGAGCCAACAAGCCCAGGACCAGAGAGUUUGUUACUGGUGCUGCUGAGCUGCAUGUGCUUGCCCCKCCAGUGAUUCUUCAGCCUCCAGAGUCAGUGUCCCUCUCCCGAGGGAAUACAGCCCGAUUUCUGUGCAACAUCUCAGGGGAACCUCCUCCUGUGCUKCGCUGGCUGAAGAAUGGCCAGCUUGUCAAGUCCCUCAGAAGGGUGAAAAUGCAAAGUCCCGGAGUGAUGCUCAUCAAUCAGCUGGCUCUGGAGGAUUCAGGCUACUAUCAGUGCAUAGCUGAGAAUAAGCUGGGCACAGCCUGCGCCACUGCCAAUCUAACRGUCAUUGUACGGGAGGGUCUGCCCAGCCCCCCGCGCCACCUGUCCGCAACACCCUACUCCAGCACCACYGCCCUGCUCACCUGGGAGAAGCCUGAGUACAACUUGGAUCAAAUCAUCGCCUACUCUGUGCACUUUCAACGCACGGCAGGUUUGGACAAUGUGGAGGAUCGGUUUGCUGUGAACAAUGACACAACGGAGUAUCUCUUCAAAGAGCUUCUCCCCCAUACUGCCUACACAUUCUUUGUUGUGGCCUAUUCUGCCAUGGGAGCUAGUCCCCCUUCCCUGCCUGUCACUGUGGAGAUGCUGGAGGACGUGCCAAGCGUGCCACCUCAGCUGACUAUAGCUAGUACAUCCCCCACCGACAUCAGGCUGACGUGGCAUCCACUGUCCUCACAGAACAGUCGAGGAGCUGUUACCCGCUACCGCAUUGAUUACAGCACCUUGGAUCGGGUGAGCACUCUAUUCUCAGUGGAGGUGAGAGGAAACGAGACUCAGUUUACCCUGAGAGAGCUGCAGCCAAACCAGAUGUAUCGUCUGAGGAUAGCAGCUGGAACCGGUGUUGGCUUUGGUAUUCCCUCUGAGUGGAUCCAACACAGAACAUUAGCCCACUCCAACAACACUGACCAAAGCAUGGUGAUUUUUGCUCCUACUGAGCUGAAAGUACGACCCAAAUCGAACACGCUUAAUGUGACAUGGCAGCCCUCGCCGAAUCACACACUGGUCUCUGGUUACAAGCUGUCCUAUCAAGAAGCAGAGGCCGAUGAGUCCUCCAGUGGAAAGAGGACGACACAUACUCACACUAUCAAACUCCGUAAGAAAGCCAGGCACCAUCUGCUCACUGGGCUUGUUCCUGACAGGCAGUAUGAGGUGAAGGUUUGGGCAUUCAACAAGCAGGUAGAUGGAGCUGCUGCAGUGUGGAAAGGAAGGACUGACAAGGCUCAUAACAGGCCUUCACCGAAUCCCUCACACCCCCCUCCAUGGCCUCCCAGCAACAUACACGCCAYGGCCAACAGCUCCACCUCCAUCUGGCUCCGCUGGGAGAAGCCGCGCUUUAGCAAUGUACGCAUCAUCAACUACACGGUGCGCUGCAGCCCGGCAGGAACCACCAACGCAUCUCUGGUUACAUACCACACCAGUUUUGCUCAGGAAAUCCUGCUCGGGGGGCUGAAGCCUUUCACUCGCUAUGAGCUGGCGGUGAAGUCUAAUGGAGUAGACGUGGUCGGACCUUUCAGCGGUACUGUGGAGGAGGCCACUCUGUCCGACCGGCCCUCCACACCACCAGAGGAACUGCAGCUGAGUGCUUUGGACUCCUCCUCUGUGCUGAUGAGCUGGCGCCCUCCACUGGAACCCAACGGUAUUAUCGUCAGUUACAUGAUUUUGCACAGCAUCAACUUCAGUGAGCCAGAGCACUUGUGGAAAAAUCUCUCUGAGGACGGGGUUGUUACCAGUGUGGAAGUCCACGGUUUGUCUGGUGGGACCCGUUACUUUUUCAAGUUGAGAGCUUCUACUGAGGUCGGUCCAGGGCCUUUUUCUCCUGUAAAGGAUGUUGAGACUCCACUGUCCAAAUAUGAGCUGGACAUCCAUGCAGUUACAGGCAUCAUAGUCGGUGUUUGUUCAGGGCUGAUAUGCAUCCUUCUCUGCAUGUGUUUCAGUUUUCGUAACAGCAAAUCCAGGGAAAUAUCCCGAGGUCUGAACUCCACAGCUGUGACGCCUUUGUACAGGAAAGGUGGCUGCUCUGUUCCAGUCAGCAGUCCAGACUGCAGCGAUGGCCAUGAGCUGGAGACACUGAUGUCCCCAGGCAGGCAAGAGUUGGGUCAGCAGCCGGCAGAGGACCCAGAGGCACAGGGUCUGAUGGCAAGUGCUAAUCCAGGGGAAGGGGAGGAUGCCUCUGCAUCUGAACCCAAGGUUGUCUGGAACGGCUCUGUUAGUCAUAACUGGGUCAACAGAAUCACAACAUACAGAGACACUAUAAUAGAAGAUUCCCCAGCACUGAUUAAUGGAGCACUCAACAUGUUUAUUACUGCUACUGGCAUGGAAUUAAACGACCGUCURUGUACAUCGCUGUGCAGUAACCAGGUCGAAGCAGAAGUCAUUGUUCACUCUGAGCUGUCAGACCCUGGCAGGGAGAAAGAGGAGGAGGAGGGGGGUAGCACCAGAGGACCCUCAUUAUCAGAGGACAUUUACUCCCCUUUGAGUCAGCCAAGUUCCCCAGGAGAGGAGGAACCAAUAGAAAAACUUCCACUGGCUGAAAGUCCCUCGAAUCUUCCCUCAAAAACAAUUGUGGCUAAACACAACAGGGAGACAGGAGGCGCAAGGCACCAGCCGACUGCAGGCGCAGAGCUACAGCAGGACACGGCGCUAACCAAUGGCUUCCACUCUCCGAAGACUGUGAAGCCUGUGCUGAGGUCAGAGCAAUUGGAAAAUGGAGACUCCAGACACUGCCCGUCUGCAGCAGGGAAGGCCAUCUCUGCUGGACCUUUUGUCAGCUCUGGCUUUGUCCACUCUACCUCAGCAGCACAGACAUAUCUAUGUCCAUAGUUUCUGCAUGAAGGGCUUCAGCCACACAUAAACAUUUCAGACUGAUUUCAUUCUGCAGAUCCCGGAAGAAUUCAUAGGAAAUAUAUUUUAUGCACAUAGUUAUUGGAUCUCUUUCUCUUCCUUGUGUAGCUUUAUAAGUCUUUUAAAUCAAUCAUGUCGUAAGUGUACAAACUAGAUACAAAUCAUGUGUGUUUGUGGCGAACAGUUCAUGGGUUUUCUAUUUUUGCAGCUGCUCUGUCCUCUCAGUUUUUUUUCCUGUKCAUAAGGAAAACAAGGAAGUUGGAACACAACAAGGCAGAUGGAUGUGAUUUGGAGAAGGCCAGUCUGACUGUCMCACAUGGCUCUGUUUCACGCAGGAAUGAGAAAAAGACAGCAAGCGCAGKAGCAUCUGGGCAGGUUAUCAUCAGUAAUACUGAGGCAUAAGCUUUGUGAAGUAUCUGCACCCUGUGAGAGGGUGGAACAAAUGGGUUUCUCUCCAAUAUCCUGCUGUCUCAGGGUCCAAACUCUCACACAYCGAAACACACACAGGGAUCACAGCCAAUUCCAGCCGUGCAUAAACGCACAUCUACACACAUUUUGACAGAUAAAGAGUCUCAGGUGCCUAAUUAUUCUAGGUGCGUUUACACCCAGUAUCUUUCUAUGGACGAUUGUAGUGUAAGURCUAAACAUGUCAACAUGAAGGAAAAAUGCUUAGAUAGAUGUACAGAUUUGGUGCACUUGAUGCUUCUUUUCUAAUGCGCCAUUUUUCCAUUUAGUGGGGUUUUGUAAAGCAGGGGCGCUCAGUUUUAAUAGUUUAAUAGAAAGAUCAAAUCGAAUCCCAAAAUCAAGGAAAUUAAAUGUUAAUUUUGGUCUUGUUUUCAUUAGGUGUGAGGGGAGAACAAAGAGAGAUUUUACAACAAUCCAUCUGCAGACCACUCUCCUGCUUASCUCCUAAAGUUGGGAUGUGCCAACAUCCUUAAUGAUCUCAGUAUAAUGUGCCAACAGCUGAAGCCCCCCCACCCCACCACCCCCAUUUUAAAAAGUAAUGCGUUUUUGUUACAUACUUGCCAAGUUUAUAAUAUAGGAAAUAUGUAGCGGUUUAAAAACUAAAGUUCACAAAUAUUCUUUCUGGUAUUGGAAAAGAACAUUUCUAAAGUUUAUGAAAUCUCACUAAAUAUKUCAUGUGUGCUGCAAUAUUUUCUAACAGUAAGUCAAAAAAAGGUCCUUUGAUCAGGUGUUAUGACUGGUACRUUAUUUUUGUAUAGGUAAGUAAAGCUGGCAGCAGUGUACAGAGASAUUCGGUGCAUCUCUUCUUUGUGUCAACGUCACUACCUCAUUUCUUUUCAGGAAGGUUUUCAAGGUUGUUUGUUUUUAUGUAACUAGCACCUUUGUAUGACAAUCUUUUUUCAAUUUCUCUAAUUCUCUGACCACCUUUGGUAUUUGUAAAAAAAAUAUUGUCUGACAAUGGCUUUAUGGUCUUGCUUUAUGUAAAAUUGAAAAUGAUGUGUUUUCAGUGCAUCGCUUGCUGCCAUGCCUUGCCCCCAAUAGCUGGUGAUAAUGAGGUAUCAUGAAGCAAUGGACAGAUUUUCAGGAAACUUUCAGAAAGCACUUAUUUGAAAUAAUCUUAAUCUGAUAAACCUUUGAGGUCAACUUGUUUCGUUGUGGCCACCACAGCUAUUUGGCAUUAGCAAAUAAAAAAAUGUCUAAAGCUCA